UUUCCUUUCCUGUGAAGAGUUAACUGGAAGUAUACCCUGUCCUGACUGACAGGCAACUGAUCAGUCACUCAGCACACAGUGGGUGGGACCUUGAGGGCCAUGCGGCAGGUUUCGCUUUGUUCAGUGGGAGCCAGGAUAGGCUUGCAACAGGAGGUGGACCAACCAGGGAGAUGGCUACGAAAUGAACUGCAGAUCCUUGAGAGGCAGCACUGCAGGAUAACUGAAUCUCAUCAGCUGUCAUCAACAGAAAAUACAUCUUUAUGUCCAGAAAACUGCAGCGACUUCGAGACCUUGACAUAAAUCCUUGUCUAGCGGAAACAGAUGCCUCUACAAAAUGUAUGGAUGAGAAUAACUACAAUAAGGAUAUGUGCAGCAUAUAUUUUUUAAGGUACAAAAGCUGCAGAAAAUUUUGGAAUGGGAUCAUGAUGCAGAGAAGAAAAGAUGGAAUAAAUCCAGCUAUGCCUACAGCUGAAGAGAGAGAGGAGAUCCUGGCAUCAAUAGGAAGAAUACCAUACUGACCAUCCAACACUACUGACUUAAGAUGUACAAUGGUUUUAGUGUAAAUGAGGCGAUCUGGAAAGAAUGUUGAAAGCUACCACUAGCCAUUUGGCCGAGUACCCUUGUACAAUAUCCUUUGCUUCUGCAAGUUUGUUUUUAUUGCAGACAAAGCAGUAAUCUGAUACUUUUAUUUCUUUAUCUCAAGCUUAACAUACAUAGUAAGUAGGAGGAACUUACAGAAAUAAAUUAACUUUUUUUCAUGA